UUUAACCGUGACCUUAUGUCUUCAACUUGUUUCCAGCUGGGUGUGACAAAGACCCCAUCAUCAUCAGGUUCCUCCGUCUUUGUGGGAAUACUGGUCACUGGUCUGCUCGCCGCCCUCGCCAUCACUGUAGGUUACCUUAAAUGCCAACGCAGGACUGAUACCAAGGGAGUGAGGCUGGCAGAGGAGGCCUACCCAGCAGAUCAGGAGAACCAGGGGAACACUCUUGUGUCUGUGGCCCCCCUCAACCCCCCUCCGGAAACCCCGGAGAAACCCAGCGUAAACGGAGAGACCCCGGAGGCUGACAAGACCCAGACUCCUCCUCCUCCCACCAACGGCCACUCCACCACCAAGACAGCAGACACCGAGCUGUGAAAUAGUCUACUAAUCAUUGCAGCCCAGGAACUACCCCUACAAACACAACCAUCCACCCACACACAAACACACACACACAUACACACACACACAUAUGCCUAUGCAAACUCCCUCCUCCCUCCCUUCUGAAUCCUCUCCUGCCCAACCACAGAGAGUCCACAGCAAAGUGGACAUCAGGGACUAGAACAAUUUCCUACAUCAACGCUCCUCUUGUUAUGGUCCCAUGCCUCACUCUCUUUGGCUAUGUGCCUCAAUACACAUCAGGAAAACUAGUCUGACGAUGACGAUGAUGGUGGUGAUGAAUGAUGUUGAUGAUGACGAAGGCUCAGUCCCUGGGUUGUUGACGGCAGUCAGGCUGGAGGAGAGACAGGAGAUGGGCUGUUCUGGGUGGGAUAGAGUAUAUUUUAGCAUUAGUCAGCACUGGUUCCCAUGAUGACUGCAGCCUCUGGAGUCACACAGCAGAGUCUCUCCAUGUCAUCAGGUUUAAAGAGGACAUAUCACGCUCAUUUUCAGUUUCAUACUUGUUUUUUGCGGUUUCCACUAGAACAUGUUUACAUGCUUUAAUGUUCAAAAAUCACAUUAUUUUUCUCAUACUGU